UCCCCGCCAGAGUGUCAACUGCUUUUGCUUACAUUUCCAUCUCCGUCCCUCUGUGGUCUCUACACCCAAACAGAAGAAGAAGAAAAAACCCUAGCACUGAGCGUGCUCUAUUUCUGUUUUUGGAUGAUAAAACCUGCUAAUUCUUUUCACGGUUCUCUAUUUCCACAAUGGGGGCAAGCCGCAAACUUCAAGGCGAGAUUGAUCGCGUUCUGAAGAAGGUCCAAGAAGGCGUCGAUGUCUUUGACAGCAUCUGGAACAAGGUUUAUGAUACAGACAAUGCAAAUCAGAAAGAGAAAUUUGAGGCAGACUUGAAGAAGGAGAUAAAAAAGCUGCAGAGAUACAGGGAUCAGAUUAAAACAUGGAUUCAGUCUAGUGAGAUCAAGGAUAAGAAGGUUAGUGCCUCUUACGAGCAAGCUUUAGUGGAUGCUCGUAAGCAUAUUGAGCGUGAAAUGGAGAGAUUUAAGAUCUGCGAGAAGGAAACAAAAACAAAGGCAUUUUCUAAAGAAGGGCUGGGCCAACAACCAAAAACUGAUCCAAAGGAGAAGGCUAAAUCAGAGACAAGGGAUUGGUUAAACAAUGUGGUUGGGGAGUUGGAAUCUCAGAUUGAUAGCUUUGAAGCUGAGAUAGAGGGGCUAUCUGUUAAGAAAGGAAAGACAAGGCCACCUAGACUGACACAUUUAGAGGCGUCUAUUGUGCGGCACAAGUCUCAUAUUAUGAAGUUAGAACUGAUCUUGAGGCUACUUGAUAACGACGAACUGAGUCCUGAGCAGGUCAAUGAUACUAAAGACUUCCUGGAUGACUAUGUAGAACGUAAUCAGGAGGAUUUCGAUGACUUUAGUGAUGUUGAAGAGCUUUACAGCUCAUUGCCAUUAGACAAGGUGGAGGCUCUUGAAGAUCUGGUGACAAUUGGCACUCCUGGUCUUGUCAAGGGUGCACCAGUUCAUAGCGGGAAGACUUCUUUAGCAGCUUCAGCAUCUCAAAUGCCUGCAGCUGCUACUUCUACUCAUCAGCAAGCUGCUUCAGUUCAGGAGCAAGCUGAUGAUACAGCUUCUCAGGAUAGUAAUUCUGAUAUUGUUGCAAGAACUCCACCAGCCAAAAGUAGUACAAUUAGUUCUUCUGUUGCAUCGACACCGAAUGUUAAUCACAUGACCCCUGUUUCUGUCAAUGUUCCAGUUCAGACAUUGUCUAGUGUAUCAGCCUCUUCAAUUCUUCCAGGUUCAGCAUCUGUUCAAGGUGUGCUGGAAAAUGCAGCUGCUGCCCUUCCUUCAUCUCCUGCAUCAAUGGGAAAUACUGUGAAGGAGGAAGAAAUUGCUGGUUUCCCUAGCCAUAGACCAUCACCAGCUCUUGCUGAUGCUGGACUAGCUAGGGGCAUUGGUAGGGCUGGCCUCUCUAGUCAGCCUUCAUCUAGUAUCCCUCUUAGCUCUGGUGGAGUUCCUAGCAAUGGAGCACUUGGUGUGGUACCUUCAGCAUCUGACAUUACAAAAAGAAAUAUUUUAUCUACAGAUGAUAGACUAGGGAGCAGUGGACUUCAGCAACCUUUGGCUUCCCCACUAAGCAAUAGAAUGAUCUUGCCUCAGACUGGCAAGACUAAUGAUGGAUCUGCUAUGGUUGAUUCUGGUAAUGUUGGUGAAGCUGCUGGAAUAGGUGGAAGAGUUUUUUCCCCUUCUUUGGUUCCAGGCAUGCAGUGGAGACCUGGAAGUUCCUUCCAAAAUCAGAAUGAACUGGGACAGUUUCGUGCUAGAACUGAAAUAGCACCUGAUCAGAGGGAGAAAUUUUUGCAGCGUCUUCAGCAAGUCCAGCAACAAGGUCACAGCACCCUUCUUGGUAUGCCACCACUUUCUGGUGGAAAUCAUAAACAGUUUUCUGCCCAACAAAACCCCCUAUUGCAUCAGCAGUUAAAUUCUCAAAGCUCAUCCGUCUCUUCUCAAGCUAGUCUGGGACUUGGAGUUCAGGCACCAGGUCUGAAUACUGUUACAUCUUCUGCCUUACAGCAGCCAAACUCCUUCCAUCAACAAUCAAGCCAACAAGUUGUAAUAUCAAAUAAUGCAAAGGAUGCUGAUAUUGGUCAUUUGAAAGCCGAGGAGCAGCAGCAGCAACCUUUGAAUUUACCUGAUGAUUCACUUCCUGAAUCUGCUGCUACAUCUGGGCUGAGCAAAAAUCUUGUGCAUGAGGAUGAAUUGAAAACCCCAUACACAAUGGAUGCUCCUACAGGAACAUCUGCUUCUUUGGCAGAGCCUGUCCAAGUGCCAAGAGAUAUUGAUCUCUCUCCUGGACAACCAAUUCAAUCUAGUCAACCUUCUACUGAUCUUGGUGUUAUUGGUCGGAAAAGCGUUUCUGACCUUGGUGCCAUUGGAGAUAACCUCAGUGGGUCUGCUGUGAAUUCUGGGGCUGGGGCCAUGCACGAUCAGUUGUAUAAUUUGCAGAUGCUUGAGGCUGCAUAUCACAAACUUCCUCAACCCAAAGAUUCAGAGCGUGCUAGAAGCUACACUCCGAGACACCCUGCAGCCACACCUCCUAGCUAUCCUCAAGUUCAGGCACCCAUUGUAAAUAAUCCUGGAUUCUGGGAACGACUAACCAUGGAUAGUUAUGGCACUGAUACUUUGUUCUUUGCAUUCUACUAUCAGCAGAAUACAUAUCAGCAAUAUUUGGCUGCAAAAGAACUGAAGAAGCAAUCCUGGAGAUACCACAGAAAAUACAACACCUGGUUUCAGCGGCACGAGGAACCCAAAGUGGCAACUGAUGAAUAUGAACAAGGAACUUACGUUUACUUUGAUUUCCAUAUUGCCAAUGAUGACCUCCAACAUGGAUGGUGUCAAAGAAUCAAGACUGAGUUCACUUUUGAAUAUAAUUAUCUUGAAGAUGAACUUAUAGUUUAGAGGAUAUGUAGCACUAUAACAAUUAUGUGAAUUGGAUUCAUACUUCAUGUCUCAGAGAAUUGAAUUUGCUGAUAUUUCCGUAGCAAGUGCGUAAUUAGAACUAUUUGUGUAAAUUGUGAUUUGUUCUCGUUAGUGCUGUUGGAAUAUGUACUCAAAACACUUAUAUGAACAGAACCUCUCAAUCUUCUUAGAAA